UGGGUUUUCGUAAUUUUUCAAAUUUUGUGCUCGCAGUGGCGAUUAUUUCGAGUUUUUUAUUCGCAGCACCCGUUCUUUAUCAGAUAUUUGCGAGUUUCUCAGUUUCCAUUAUAAUAAUGAGACUUGCAGAAUGGUUGAUGACUGUCACCAGGAGGUAUUUCCUGUACAAGAAGAUUUCUCCUAAAAACAAAGCGAUUCUUAUUACAGGGUGCGACUCUGGAUUUGGACACAUGCUUGCACAGCGAAUGGACAAAUUAGGCUAUUUUGUCUUCGCUGGCUGCUUGCUGCCGGAAUCUGAUGGAGCCAAGAAAUUGCUUGACAGCUGUUCGGAAAGAUUGAAAGUAGUUCCUUUGAACGUGACGAGCGAUGACAGCAUCCAGAAAGCAAAAGCAUUUGUUGAACAACAUUUAAAACAAAAUGAUUUAUGGGCAAUAGUUAACAAUGCCGGCAUCAGUCAGAGCGGAGAAGUUGACUGGACGCCUGUUGACGAGUUUCGAAAAGUUUUUGAAGUGAACACUUUCGGAAUGCUUCAAGUGACCAAGACAUUCUUACCUUUUGUGAAGAGAUGCAAAGGACGAAUAGUCAAUAAUACCAGCAUAUGUGGUCGCUUCAUCUGUCCGGGUUACGUGGGAUAUUGCAUGAGUAAAAGUGCUGCUGUAUCUUUUACAACAGGACUUCGUGUAGAGAUGAUGAAAUGGGGAGUCAAAGUUAGCAGCAUAGAAGCGUUCUUCUAUUCGACUCCACUUACUCAAGCACAGGCUACAUUUGAUUUGAUGGAAUCCACUUGGAACAAAGCUUCUCCAGAUAUUCGAUCAGAGUAUGGAGAAAGCUAUAAAAUGGCCUUCAAGGAAAGUUGUCGAAAGGUCUUGGCUCGCGCUAGUCACAAAGUAUACGAAGUGUUGGAUUGUUUUGAAGACGCCAUUACCGCACAUGAACCUCUUCCAUCGUACUUUCCAUGCUACCUUCCAGAAAAAUUCGGUUUAAAAUUUCUUUUUGCUCUACCUUCAGCUGUGACAGAAAUGUACCAAGCAAGUCUGCUGGCAGAGGGUGCUAAACCAGAAGCUGUAAAGAAAGCAAAAUGUGCCAACAAAGUAAGUGCAGCAACACCUGACUUUAAUGAAUGCAAUGAUGCCAACAUAUUUCCUUAA